AUGGACGGCUCAAGCUUUGCGAUCCCGGCAGAUGUUAACAUCACAGCGCAGUUCAACGAGCUGCUUCGGCAACAUCAGGCGCCGCCGGUCGUCAAGAAGGUCUCCCUGGAGGACAUUGAUAGCUUCUUGAAGGAGGCAUACCGAAUUAAUUCGCACAUUACCAACCUACACCAACAACUGCAAGAUGUACGGCAAGCCUAUCUCUCAACGGCGCAACCCCGCCGCGCACAGGUUCGGCUGGCCCAGAACCAGCCACGAGUCCUCUCCGACCGAGAACGAGAAGAAAUCGACGCCAACGCGAAGCAGAUGAUUCGGGAGCUCAACGCCAGCAUACGAUCGCUGGACGAAGCCGAACAGCUCCGUCGAGAGACCGAGUCGGCCAUUAUCCGCAAGAAGUAUACAAAGGGACUGGGCGCCCUCGGUUCGUGGGCAUCCGGCGGCCUCGCCAGCAGCAAAUCGCCGGAACAUGUCGCAGCCGAGGCGCAGGCUCUACAGCUGGGAGGCUAUCGGGAUGGCGUGCUGUGGUUCUUGCGGCAGCGGCUGGAGCUGUGCUGUCGCACGCAGCAGGACAUGAUGGAGACGAGGUUGCGCAGAGAGCUGGAGAAGAGCCGAAGCAUGUUGCCAAUGGGGGAUCUGGCAGAAUUUGCCCCAACGGCUUACAGACCGCAACGGCAGACGACGCCGGGAGACGCUUUGAGCCAUGGGGGUGAGCAAUCAUCUGCUCCAAUGCCAGAGGGUUUGACGGAUGAGCAGGUCCAGAUGUUUGAGGAGGGUAACCAAAGCAUGAUGGAGCACUACGAAAGCACAUUGGACAAAGUGAGGACCGCGGAAAAAUCGCUGCUUGAGAUUUCGGAGCUCCAGACGCUCUUGGUCAACAACCUCACGGCGCAGUCCGAAAACAUCGAACUGCUCGUGGCCGAUUCGGCAUCAAUGGCGGACAACGUUGGCGGGGGAAACAAGCAGCUGAAAAAGGCCACCCAGCGGCCAAGCACAGCACGAUACACCUUUUUUGCGGCGAGCGGGCUGUGUGCAUUCCUGAUACUGUGGGAUCUAAUCAUAUGA